GCCAAAUCCAGCUUGAUGCUCAGGCCACACCUCAAGAUGGUCAUCUUUGGACCCGGCGCUGCUUACGCCGCUUGCACCGCCGGCUGAGCCUGACCUGGAGGCGAAAAUGAACUGGGGGACCUUUUAUGCCGUGAUCAGCGGCGUAAACAGGCACUCUACUGGCAUCGGACGCAUCUGGCUCUCGGUCAUCUUCAUCUUCCGUAUUCUGGUCCUGGUUGUUGCUGCCGAGAGUGUUUGGGGAGAUGAGAAGUCUGGCUUCACCUGCAACACCCAACAGCCUGGCUGUAACAGUGUGUGUUAUGACCAGUUCUUCCCCAUCUCGCACAUCCGCCUGUGGGCGCUCCAACUCAUCCUGGUCUCCACCCCCGCCUUGCUGGUGGCCAUGCAUGUUGCCCACCGCCGCCAUAUCGACAAGAAGAUCUUGAAGAGGUCGGGCCGUGGCAGCCCCAAGGACCUGGAACACAUCAAGAACCAGAAGUUUCAGAUCACCGGAGCUCUUUGGUGGACAUACAUGAUCAGUAUCAUCUUCAGAAUCAUCUUUGAGGUGGCUUUUCUCUACAUCUUCUACUUGAUCUAUCCUGACUUUAAGAUGGUGCGUUUGGUGAAGUGUGACUCAUACCCUUGCCCCAACACAGUGGACUGUUUUGUCUCCAGGCCGACAGAAAAGACCAUAUUUACUGUGUUCAUGCUGGCAGUGUCUGGGGUGUGUGUGCUGCUUAAUCUGGCCGAGGUGGUGUACCUCAUAGGCAGGGCCUGCAAACGGUGCUUACGAGGCUCUGAAGAUGAGUCCAAAGUAGCUUGGAUAAGUCAAAGAUUGUCUUCUUAUAGGCAAAAUGAAAUCAAUCAGCUGAUAGCAGACCAUUCUCUCAAGUCUAAAUUCACUGUGACCAAAAAGAACCCACCUGAGAAGGGUGAGAGGUGUUCUGCUUUCUGAGACUUUGCCUUUCCAUUUCCCUUUAAACUAAUCAACAAUAAUCACACGUCCAAUGGAGCAUGUUGCAUUAAUGUUACAUAUACUGUAUAUUUGAUCAUUGUCAGCAUCAACAUGUAGACCAUUUAUUUAUGUAUUGUAUCAAUCGCUUAUCGAUUCAUCUUUUUUUUCUUUAUCGGUUUUACUGACACAAGUGUUAGUUGCUGUUGGAACUUGUCUAAACUAUUUGGAGCCAGUGGCGAAGGUUAAUGGCCAAUACCAAUAUUUUUGCAUGUUUCAGCUCAUUUACUACAAAUCAAACAUGAUUGACGGUAUUGUCAGUUACCUUAAUUUGUUAGAUUUUGUCUGUUUUUUCGGAAUUUGAAGCAACUUUUGUGCAUUUCAGUAUGAAAAGCUGCCAAGUUGCCAAGGUGGGAUGAUUGCUUGAGCUAAACAAACCAUGAGUAUGAUCACGCUUCCAUUUAUUUUUGUCAAAGUUUUAUAGUUGUUUUGUGACAGUUCACUUUAAUGUGUGGAUUUGAUGAAAUCCUGCAAGUGUGGCAGGUUUGUGUACUUGUUUGAAGCUGAGAUAGCCAAAAUAGUUGUAUCUAUGAGCUAUCGCAUAGGUAAACCAAAGCCAAAAUACAAACAUAAAAUACAUAUGAGAUGUUUAACAUGAAUAUUUUUAAUUUUUAUUUUUUGCAUUAUAAAGGCUGCUAUUUGGAAACCGACUGUAGUUUUUGGAUAUCAGUUUCUCAUUAGCACACGAAUGCACCAUCCAACAAAUUUUUCAAAUUCUUCCAUGCCAUGGCUUCUUUUACAACAAAAAUGAAGCUUUGACAACAAAAAAGAUGAAUAAACUAUCUUAAGGAUGUUGCAUUAAGUCUUCGUGAAUAGAUUUCCAUACCAGACUGAAAUGAAAGGACAUGGCUGGCAGCCUGGAGAGCACAAAAAAUUCCAAAAGGUAAAAAACACUUACAAGAUUAACUGUUAAAAGCUGUAAUGUUAAGUAUAUGUGAUUUCUAGUAAAUUGAUCAAAAUGUGCAAAAAACAAUGGCUUGAUCUUGAAAAGAAGCAGAGAUUACUGUAGAGAUUAAAAUGCUGGAUAGGAAAGUUGACUUUUUCAUUUAGAUAAAAAAUAAUACUACUAUGUAUCAUAUUUAAUCCAGUCUAAAAGCUAGUGCAAAGUAUUGGAGAGAAGUGUAUUUAUGUGAGUGAAAUGACUAUAAGGAACAGUACCAUUUCUUUGAUCCAGUGGUAGAAUGCUUGGAUUAUUGUCAGUGAAUAUGAUUAACUAUGGGCAGACAGUAAUAACUAUUAUGUAAAUUAGCAUUCUGCUCUGGAGAUAUAACAGUUGGUGCUAGAAAACCAAAGAAAGUUUUGAAAUUUUGUCCAGUUGUGGAUAACUGCCAUUAGAUAUUAUAUAGCCAAUGUAACAAGGAGAGAAAAUUAAUUUGAAGUACAAUUUUCCCUCAAACACAUUCUGACUUUUUAACACUUUUAAUCAGAAUUAUCUACAUCCCAAAAGUAAGGUAAAGUCAAGCCCUCACUUUGACAUGUCAGUAAACCUUCCUGGGCUUUUUUUCAGGUACUGUUGGAAGAUAUCACAUUAUGUUCAACUCAUGAAAUGGCAAAAUUACAGUUGUUCAUUCCUCUUCUUCACUUGUCUGCUGGGUCACUUUUAGAAUAUUGUAAAUCCCAGUACUGUACAUAUGUCUGUAGAUUUGUAUAACGUUGUAUGCAGUUGUAAAUACCACCUACUUACUUCGUUGCAGCUUCUGUCUGAAGUUAUUUUCCAGUUGGCUCUGAUAAAUGUUUGAGGUUGACCUACUUUUUUUUUAACAGAGACCCAUCACUCUUUGACAGAUGGCACCUGCUUUCCUUAACAUUACCCUGCAUAGUAUAUUAUUCAGUAUCUCUCUGGUCCUGAAAAUGUAAUGUCCCAUACGCUGGUAUGUCAUGAAGUUAACCUGUUUUUAUACACACUGUAAUGCAUACAAAAACUCUUAUGUUCAUAUGCCUAAAUGUACAUAUUAUCAGUUUACAUCCAGGUAAACAAUCCAGAUAAAAUAUACAAUGGGUCGAAACUCUAU